CUAGUGACUGAUUUCAAGAGAUACUCUUGGAGUUCUAGUGAGAAGCCGUUACCAGUGAAGUUCAACCAGGUCUGUUGUGAGAUAUCAGCUCACUGAAGACAAUGGUGACAGUGACGCAACUUCGUGGAUUGUUUGAAGUUAGACAUUACCAUCUUUGAAUGCCAGCUCAGUGGUCUAGUUUGUCAAGCGCCUGAUGCGAGACUGAUUGGUCCUGGGUUCAGAUCUCGCAUAGAACGGGAUCAUGGAUGCGCACUGCUGAGGAGUACCAUACUAGGACGCAAUGGCCAUCCACCGCUUCCAAAUUCUCCAUAAUGGUCUAGCUUCAAUUGAUUCAUUAUUUCAACCAGUGAUAUUCAUAUAUGAAUUCAAUCCAUUAAUGAAAUCCUUCAAUAUGAUUGGAUUGAAUUUGACCUUGAUAAACCAAUAAAAAUCUAUCCAAAAAAAAUAAAUAAUUUUUUAACCAAUAAGAAUUGAAAUAAUCAAUGCGUGGGAUGUAAUGAAUAAAAUAAAUUUAAAUUCUGUAAUAUGAUUGGUCGAUUCAAACUAUAGAUUAUUGAAAUUCGAACGAAUACUCAUUCAUUUUCAAAAAAAAAUAAAAAUAAAAAUUCUACCAUCGAAUUCACAUGUACUGGGUUUAUGGAUUCAAAUGGAAUAUUUUGGACUUUAAUCAUUUAUCAUACUUAAUAUUAUUGAAAUGUUAAUACAUUUGAAAUUAUACAAUUAAAAGAUUAUCAUGAAUCGUAUACAUGAAAUUAAUCAACGUGCCUAUUCAUUACCACCAGAUAAUUAUUUAUAUAAAAUAGAACAUAAUAAUACAAAUAUACCAAUGUAUACAUCAAAUCUUAUCUCUCCAUUAAAUAAACUCAAUAAUGAUCAUGUUCAUAUCAUCAACAAUGAUAAUAAUAAAGAUUCAUUGAUUUGGAAUGAUAAACAAGAUACAACUGAUAGUGAAUUAAUAUUACAAGAAACAUUUGAUAAUUUUGAUAUGAUAACACGUCAAUUUAUAGGUUUAUCAUCUAGUUUAAAUAGUUUAAAUACUGAUAAUGAUAGUGGUUAUAUACAUACAUCAUUUGAUCAUGAUAAAUUAACUGAUUGUAAUUAUUCUAUAGUUAAUUCUAUAAAUACUACUACUACGAAUACUACUACUACUACGAAUACUACUAGUAGUACAUCUGAAGAUUUAAGUAGUAUAAGUUUGAACAAUAAUAAUAAUAAAGAUGAAUUAUUAUUAGUUAUGAUUGAAGAUUUAAUUGAUUGGUUUAAACAAAUGUAUCCAACUAUGAUUAUUGAAAUGAAUAUAGAGAAUUUUUUUGAUUAUUUAUCUAAUGGUAUAUUAUUAUGUCAUCAUGCUACAAUAUUACAUCAUCAUGUGAAAUCUAUUCCAUUACAUAAUAUACGUAUUAAUGGUAGAAAAGUAAACUUACCUAAAUCUAGUCCUAUAUAUCAAACUUAUACAUAUUCUUCAUCCUCAUCAUCCUCAUCAUCCUCAUCAUUAUCAUCAACAAAUGGGGCUAUUAUUAGUUUUAUAUCAAGGAAUAAUGUAUCGAAUUUUUUACAAUGGUGUCGACAACUUGGUAUGUCUAAUUCAAUCUUAUUUGAAAGUGAAGAUUUAGUAUGUAAAAAAAAUUUACGUAAUGUUAUUGUAUGUUUAUUAGAAUUAGCACGGUUUGGUAAUUAUUUUAAUUUAUGUAUACCAGAUAUUAUUAAAUUAGAAUUAGAUAUUGAUAAACAAUUAAUUGAUGAAUUUAAUCAAUAUUCAAUCAAUCAAUAUAUAAGUGAUAUAAAUCCUUUACAAAAAAUCAAUAAUAUUGAUGAUGAUGAUCAUGAUGAUAAUCAUAUUAAUGAUAAUAAUAAUAAUAAGAAUAAUGAUAUAAAUCAAUUAUCAAUCAAUUAUCGAUUAAAUCAUUCGAUAGGAUUAUGUAAACAACAACAAGAACACCACCACCACCAACAACAACAAAAUAGAGAUAAUUCAAAGAAUAAAAUCAACCAACAUACAACAUUAAAUAGUAAUAAUAAUGAUAAUGAUAAUAAAAAUAAGAAUAAAAAAGAAAAACAGGAAUUACAACGUCCAAUGGUUGAUUUUCGUUCAUUAGAUGAAUUAGUACGUGAAUUAUUAUCACAAUGUACUUGUAAACAAACAUUUCCUAUGGUACGUAUUGGUGAAGGACGUUAUUUAUUUGGUGAUAAAAGUACACAAAUAUUUGUUCGAAUACUAAGAAAUCAUGUCAUGGUUCGUGUCGGUGGUGGCUGGGAUACACUAAGUCAUUUCUUAUCAAAAUAUGAUGAAUGUCGUAAAGUUAAUCCAUUAGGAUCAUGUAAAUUAAAUUCAAUGAAUCAAUUAAAUGAAGAUAAAACUCAAAAUAUGACAGAAUGUAAAUUAAAUAUUGUCAAAAAACGUACAUCAUCUGUAACUAAGACGAAACAAUCCCAUAGAGAUCAGGAUCCUGAUCCUGAUCAUCAUCAUGAUCAUGAUGAUUCCAAUGGAAAAGUACAAUUGAAUCAUACAAUUGAUUCACCAUUCAUGAAAUCGAUCAAAAAUUUAAAUGAAAAUCAAAUUCAUUUAAAAAAAUCUACUGAAGAUCAUUUCAAAUCUUUAGAUGAAACAAAUUGUCUUACUAAAUCACAAUUUUUCUCUGAAGUCAAUUUAACAUCGUCAUUCAAUAAUAAUCAUAAUGAUAAUGAUAAACAUGAUGAUGAUGAUGAUGAUGAUGAUGAUAAUCUAAAUUGUUCUACACAUUUUCCACGAUUUAUUAUCCCUGAUCAAUAUAUGAAAGAUCCAACUAAUUCAAUAAUAGAUGGUGAAGGAACUAGUUUCAACGAUAAUCUUACAAAUUAUGAUUGGUCAAAUGAAAGUGUUGAUAAGAUACAAGCAUUACGUAAUAGGAUUACCGAUACUACUACUACUACUACUACUACUACUACUACUACUACUACUAGCAGUAGUACUAAUACUCCUACUACCACUAGCAGUAGUACUAAUACUACUUAUAGUAGUAGUGAUAGUAAUAGUAAUAAUAAGGAUAGUAAUAAUGAUUGUAAGACAGAUCAUAAUAGUUUAAUUCAAAAACCAUUCCAUACUACUGAUAAACUACUUAAACAAAAAUCAACUAUUACUAUUAUAAGAAAUGAAUUAGAUAAAUCUAAUAUGAAACCAUAUAUUGUAAAUAGACCAUGUUUAGCAAAUACUACUACCAAUACUACUAAUACUACUACUAACAGUAGUAGUAGUAGUAGUAGUAGUAGUGGGAGUAACAGUACUACUACAACUACUACUGCUUAUUAUAUUAAUAGUAGACAUAAUCAUUCUAUACAUCAGAAAUCAAUACAGAAUAGAUUACAUAAUCAUCAACAUUUAUCAAAAUCAUUAAAUUCAUUAAAUAUAAAUUGUAAACAAUUAAUUCAUAAAAAGAAUUUAAAACAAAUGGAAAUGAUUUCAAUUUUACCUACAAUAAAUGAUACUACUUAUAAUCAUAAUAAUAGUAGUAAGAAUAAUAAUCAUAAAUUUAUUAAGAAUAAUAAUAAUAAUAAUACUAGUUAUACUACUUAUAAUCAUCGAAUACAAUCAAUAAGAAAUCAUAAUGUAACUGAUAGAAAAUCUACAAUAGAACCAUUGAAAUCAUCACUAUUACAUAAUCCUCAUCGUCAACAUGAACAGCAGUAUUAUCAUCAGAAUAGAAAUCAACCAAAUCAAAUGAGAAGUAAAUCAGCUAAUAUGUUUCAUCGUAAAUUAUCUACUACAUCUGUAUCAGCAUCUACAUCUGCUACAACGUCAGCAUCAACAGUAACAGUAUCAUCAUCAUCAUCAUCAUCAUGUAAACAAUCCAAUCAUCAAUUCAUCAAUAAACCAAUACAAAUUGUAUAUUCAUCAAGAGAGAAUAAAAAACAUGAAAAUGAUUAUGUUAUAAAUGAUACUAAACAAAAUAAUCAAUUAAUUUCUAUCAAUAAUAAAUUAAGACAUGGUUCAUUAAUACCAAUAUCAACAAGAUCAUAUUCAAGUUCUCGCAUUCCAUUAAAACAAUAUUAAUUAAUUAAUGAUGAUGAUGAUGAUGAUGAUG